ACGUGUGCGGCGGCGGGGCUCGGCUCCCGCAGCGCUGCCAUGAGCGUCGGUUUCAUCGGUGCGGGGCAGCUCGCGCUCGCCCUGGCCAGGGGCUUCACGGCGGCAGGGGUCCUGGCCGCGCACAAGAUCACGGCGAGCUCCCCGGACACGGACCUGCCCACCGUGAGCGGGCUGCGGAAAAUGGGCGUGAACUUCACGGUGAGCAACAAGGACACGGUGAAGAACAGCGAUGUCCUCUUCCUGGCCGUGAAGCCCCCUAUCAUCCCCUUCAUCCUGGAGGAAGUGGGCCCCGAUAUCGAGGCCCAUCACAUCGUGGUCUCCUGCGCGGCCGGUGUCACCAUCAGCUCCAUCGAGAAGAAACUCUCUACCUUCUGCCCCACACCAAAAGUGAUCAGGUGCAUGACCAACACCCCUGUCAUUGUCCGGGAAGGCGCUACAGUCUAUGCUACUGGCACUCACGCGGAUGUGGAGGAUGGGAAGCUCUUGGAACAGCUGAUGGCCAGCGUAGGCUUCUGCACCGAGGUGGAAGAGGACCUGAUUGAUGCUGUAACAGGGCUCAGUGGCAGUGGCCCUGCCUAUGCGUUCACUGCCCUGGAUGCUCUGGCGGAUGGGGGAGUGAAAAUGGGUCUUCCCCGCAGGCUGGCUGUUCGGCUUGGAGCGCAGGCUUUGCUGGGUGCUGCCAAGAUGCUGUUGGAGUCUGAGCAGCAUCCUGGGCAGCUGAAGGACAACGUCUGCUCCCCCGGGGGAGCCACCAUCCACGCCCUGCACUUUCUGGAGAGUGGUGGCUUCCGCUCACUCCUGAUCAAUGCUGUGGAGGCUUCCUGCAUACGAACAAGGGAGCUGCAGCAUUUGGCAGACCAAGAGAAGAUCUCCCCAGCAGCCAUAAAGAAGACUUUGCUGGAUAAGGUUAAGCUGGAGUCUCCUUCUGUGUCACUGGCAUCUGCCAGCAAAGUCAGUCUGUUCAACAAUAAGCACCCUGGCAGCAAGAAGAACUGAAUAGGCUGCUGUAGUUGGCUGUGCUGAAUAUCAGUCUCCUCUGUGCCCUUUCUUUAUGUCUAAGAACACUCGCUCUGAAUGCUGGUGUCCGCCAUGCCUGGCUCUUGGCAGCUGUGGGACGGUGCAGUGCUGUAGAAGAGGUUCUUUAACUUGUAGUGGGGUUGGUGCAAACCGUCCCUGGCAUUGCUGAUCUUUGUUGGGCAGGGGUGAUGCCAUCUUCAGAGCUUCAUCAAGGGCAUCGUUUGUUCAGAAGCCUUGGGUACUUGUCGGACUCAGGCAGUGUUCGAGGUGUCCCAUGCAGAGGUGGCUCCUAAUUGGAUUUUUAAAGAGGUUUCAGAAUGUCUUGCGGUUUCCAAGGCCCUAUCUUACAUCUGCUGUCUGAGCCUGUGUCUUCUUACUGUCUUUACUAGCUAGAGCAGAUGCUGCCAUGCAGAUGCAGUGCUGUGCACUAUGUUGGAGGCUGGGCCCUAAAGUGCCUCUCAGAAGGAACCAAAGUGCCUCUGCCCAUCUUCCAUCUGCCUUCACUUUGAGACAGAUGGUGUGAACCUCUGGACACUCUGUUUCUGUCUGGCACUGCUCUCUGUCCUCCUGGUGUGGGGAACUGUGAGCUGUUCUCACUGACCCUACUUUGCUACUAGCAUUGGGCGGUUGGGCAGGGGAAGGGGUAGUGAGGGCUCCCUUUUCGCUUGGUCGCUGAAACUUCAUGCAGGUGAUGCAGGAAAAGCAUUUUGGUAUCGAUGCAGAGGCUGCCAAAGGUGCUGGUAAUGCUAAAGCAGUUUUAGUGCUAGGCUCUCAGCUGGUAGCAAGAGUUUGACCCUGUAGGCAUGACAGAUGGUUGCUCCUCUUCCCUCUAAUAAUAAACUGCUGCUCCAGCAGAGCUCUGGCUAACCCCA